AUGGAUGGGUCGCUGGAGCGCAGGACAGCGAUCGGCUUUUCUCCCAGCGCAGAGCACGCCGAGCUUGCUGCUGGGGAAAGCGAUGGACAAGGAAAAUUAAAGGAUGAACAGAGUAAUACCCGGGCUGGGCGCCCGCCCCCGGGUACCGGCGAGGAUCCUGAGCCCCCGGAGAGGGGAGAUGCUCUGCCCCCGGAGAGGAAGGAUCCUGAGCCCCCGGAGAGGGGAGAUGCUCUGCCCCCGGAGAGGAAGGAUCCUGAGCCCCCGGAGAGGGGAGAUGCUCUGCCCCCGGAGAGGAAGGAUCCUGAGCCCCCGGAGAGGGGAGAUGCUCUGCCCCCGGAGAGGAAGGAUCCUGAGCCCCCGGAGAGGGGAGAUGCUCUGCCCCCGGAGAGGAAGGAUCCUGAGCCCCCGGAGAGGGGAGAUGCUCUGCCCCCGGAGAGGAAGGAUCCUGAGCCCCCGGAGAGGGGAGAUGCUCUGCCCCCGGAGAGGAAGGAUCCUGAGCCCCCGGAGAGGGGAGAUGCUCUGCCCCCGGAGAGGAAGGAUCCUGAGCCCCCGGAGAGGGGAGAUGCUCUGCCCCCGGAGAGGAAGGAUCCUGAGCCCCCGGAGAGGGGAGAUGCUCUGCCCCCGGAGAGGAAGGAUCCUGAGCCCCCGGAGAGGGGAGAUGCUCUGCCCCCGGAGAGGAAGGAUCCUGAGCCCCCGGAGAGGGGAGAUGCUCUGCCCCCGGAGAGGAAGGAUCCUGAGCCCCCGGAGAGGGGAGAUGCUCUGCCCCCGGAGAGGAAGGAUCCUGAGCCCCCGGAGAGGGGAGAUGCUCUGCCCCCGGAGAGGAAGGAUCCUGAGCCCCCGGAGAGGGGAGAUGCUCUGCCCCCGGAGAGGAAGGAUCCUGAGCCCCCGGAGAGGGGAGAUGCUCUGCCCCCGGAGAGGAAGGAUCCUGAGCCCCCGGAGAGGGGAGAUGCUCUGCCCCCGGAGAGGAAGGAUCCUGAGCCCCCGGAGAGGGGAGAUGCUCUGCCCCCGGAGAGGAAGGAUCCUGAGCCCCCGGAGAGGGGAGAUGCUCUGCCCCCGGAGAGGAAGGAUCCUGAGCCCCCGGAGAGGGGAGAUGCUCUGCCCCCGGAGAGGAAGGAUCCUGAGCCCCCGGAGAGGGGAGAUGCUCUGCCCCCGGAGAGGAAGGAUCCUGAGCCCCCGGAGAGGGGAGAUGCUCUGCCCCCGGAGAGGAAGGAUCCUGAGCCCCCGGAGAGGGGAGAUGCUCUGCCCCCGGAGAGGAAGGAUCCUGAGCCCCCGGAGAGGGGAGAUGCUCUGCCCCCGGAGAGGAAGGAUCCUGAGCCCCCGGAGAGGGGAGAUGCUCUGCCCCCGGAGAGGAAGGAUCCUGAGCCCCCGGAGAGGGGAGAUGCUCUGCCCCCGGAGAGGAAGGAUCCUGAGCCCCCGGAGAGGGGAGAUGCUCUGCCCCCGGAGAGGAAGGAUCCUGAGCCCCCGGAGAGGGGAGAUGCUCUGCCCCCGGAGAGGAAGGAUCCUGAGCCCCCGGAGAGGGGAGAUGCUCUGCCCCCGGAGAGGAAGGAUCCUGAGCCCCCGGAGAGGGGAGAUGCUCUGCCCCCGGAGAGGAAGGAUCCUGAGCCCUCAGAGAGGGGGGAUGCUCUGCCCCCGGAGAGGGGAGAUGCUGAACCCUGGAGAGGGGGGCUGCGGUGCCCCUGGAGAAGGGGAUGCUGA